AAAAGACUUAUCGCUCAGAAAUAACAUAACUAGUUUUAUAAAAUCUCAAGGCGGUUGGAUUCGCCAACUCAUUCUUAAAUGUAACCAUGGCGAUGACGGGCCAGACUUCCUGCUCCUCGAUGAGUAACCACACUAAGGAGAGAGUGACCAUGGCUAAGGUGACCCUGGAGAACUUCUACAGCAACCUCAUUGCCCAGCAUGAGGAGAGAGAGAUGAGGCAGCAAAAGUUAGAGAAAGUGAUGGAUCAGGAGGGCUUGGCUGAUGAAGAAAAACGUAUCCGGCGUUCCCAACACGCCAGGAAGGAGACAGAGUUUCUUCGCCUCAAACGUACCCGUCUGGGCCUGGAGGACUUCGAGUCUCUCAAGGUGAUUGGACGAGGGGCUUUCGGAGAGGUGCGUUUGGUGCAGAAGAAAGACACAGGUCAUGUCUAUGCCAUGAAGAUCCUCCGCAAGGCUGACAUGCUGGAGAAGGAACAGGUGGGCCACAUCCGUGCUGAGAGGGACAUACUGGUGGAGGCCGACAGCUUGUGGGUGGUGAAGAUGUUCUACAGCUUCCAGGACAAGAUGAACCUCUACCUCAUUAUGGAGUUCCUGCCUGGUGGUGACAUGAUGACCCUGCUGAUGAAAAAGGAUACUCUGACUGAGGAGGCCACUCAGUUCUACAUCGCAGAAACGGUGCUGGCUAUCGACUCUAUACACCAGCUGGGCUUCAUUCACAGAGACAUCAAACCAGACAACCUGCUGUUGGACUCGAGGGGCCACGUCAAGCUGUCUGACUUUGGGCUGUGUACUGGGCUGAAGAGGGCUCACCGCACUGAGUUCUACAAGAAUCUCAACCAUAGCCUGCCCAGUGACUUCAGUAAGCAAACAUUCCAGAACAUGAACUCAAAGAGGAAAGCAGAGACAUGGAAGAGGAACAGACGACAACUGGCCUUUUCUACUGUUGGCACGCCUGACUACAUUGCCCCGGAAGUCUUCAUGCAGAAUGGCUACAACAAGCAGUGUGAUUGGUGGAGCCUGGGCGUCAUCAUGUAUGAGAUGCUGAUUGGUUACCCCCCGUUCUGCUCAGAGACCCCUCAGGAGACCUACAGGAAGGUCAUGAACUGGCGGGAAACCCUGACCUUUCCUCCAGAAGUGCCUAUAUCUGAGAGGGCCAAGGACCUCAUCCUCAGGUUCUGCUGUGAGGAGGAGAACCGGAUCGGAGCUACAGGGAUGGAGGAGAUCAAGGCCAAUGCCUUCUUUGAGGGAGUCGACUAUGACCACAUCAGAGAGAGGCCAGCUGCCAUUCCCAUAGAGAUCAAAAGCAUCGAUGACACGUCCAACUUCGACGAGUUCCCCGAUUCAGACAUCAUCCAGCCCACAGCAGCCCCGGUGGUGUCUAACCAGACGGAAGCGGACCUGAAGAACAAGGACUGGGUUUUCAUCAACUACACUUACAAGCGUUUUGAGGGCCUGACCGCCCGUGGAGCCAUCCCCUCCUAUAUGAAGUCAGGGAAGAGAUGAAGCCUGCAGCCGCCGGCCCUCUGGAACUCCUCGCUCGCUCUCUUCAUCUGCCUCCCUCAAGCUGGCGUCAGGGGGACUCCACCGUUAGAGGACAACCCCUUCGUCCCCUCCUCAGACGCUAGGACAAACUAGACUCCAGAAUGGAGGCCCCCCAAACUCGGUUUGAACCCAGAGUGAUGGAGAUCUGGAUGCCCUUUUUCCCCACCCCCACUUUGCCCUUUUUUUGGAAGGGUGGUUUGGUCCAAGGACUCUGGAUUCAAUGAGCAGAGACGAUUCCAUUCACAUUAGCGGGGAGGGUUUGGUCUUUGUCCGUGAUGCAAAUGGAUAACAGGCCUGACCUCUUUUUUUUUAUUUUUUUUUUUUUUUUAUUACAUUAGUUGUCCAUGUUCCAAGACCAGAACGCAUUUAUACCAUGGAAUUUUUACAUGUGCGUUCCACCAAAGAGCAGUCUUGGAGGUGUUGCUAAUACUUUAGCCUUUGUUUAUCUUUACUAGCAUCGGUUUCAACUCAUCUACGACUGAUUCUAUGCUUCAGCAUGGACUGACUCGGCCCCUUGUCACACCAGCAGACCUCUCUUUGACCCCGAGUACCAGCAUCCUUCACUUCUCUCUAAUUAACCAACACAACGUCUUACAUUUGGCUGUGCCACCAGCAGUGGGCUCGCAUGUCUGUAAAGGGCUGUUUGUCUGUACAUUUUCAAUUUUUUUUUUUUUUUUUUUUUUUUUUUUUUAACAGUUCAAUUUGAAGUGAAUUCAUGCUUUUCAGGGACUGUGUAAAAUGUUUUUAAACAGUUUUGCUUUGAGAGCUCUUUUCAAGUGCUUCUAUGAGUUUGGAAACAACAUUUUGACUGUUUAAAAAUCUAGCUCCUAACCAAAGACUCAGAACAGAUGUAGGCUUAAUAUUGUCAAAAUUAAGUCCUUAUUUUUGAGUCUAUGUAGGUUAGUUGUCUAAUCUUUCUACCAUUUAGAUUUCUGAGCUGUUUCUACAUGGAAAUAUGCAAAAGUUAAUAGCAAUAUAAUCCACAUAGUUGCACACUUUGAUUCCUUAAAAAAAAACUUGAUUGUACGAAUCUCAGUAACCCAGACAUUUAGAUGCACCUCUUAGUGUCUUUUAGACAAUCAUCUGCUUGGUUCAGUGUAGCGCCUUCAUUCUGUUGAAUCGGAUUUAGAAAGUUGCAUAUCAAAUUGCUUUUCUAAAUGUGGCUGAAAGUAUGCAGUUUGUGGAGAUGCAAGUCUUUAGGUAGAAAACAUAAAGGGAUCCAGAAAGAAGCUGUAUGAUGCCUUUCAUCAAUGUUUUGUUCAAUGGAGUCAACUAGAUAGAGGGUAGUCAUUAAGAUAUUACCUAUACCCAGAUAUAAAAAAUACUUAAGAAUUGCCCCUGAACGGUCUAGGUAUGACAUGUGAUGUAGUAGUAGUCAGGAUAGCUGAAGGAGAGCAGGAAAUUACACCAUUCCUCUUUUUCCCACUUCCUGACAUUUUUAUUCCCUCUCGCCUUGGCGGGAGAAUAACCUCGACUUGACAUUUGUAUGAAACGUGCGUCUCAACCAAGAUGCGUGCACGUCAAGUCUACUGGAUUCCGUGUGUCCCCCACCUCCCAAGAGCACACAGCUGUGAUGACAACGUCAGCAGAUCCAGGCCUGUCUAAUUGUCUGUAGAAAACAAAAAACCCACAUGAUCCCAAAUGCUGUUGUUUAGAAUUGAAUGUAAUCCAUGGUUGUUGAAGAGUGACAUUGAUGCCACCCAAACUCCAGAAUGCUGUCAUAUGAAUGAUAAUGAGCCUGGACCACUGAAGUGGUGCUAAGGCUUCUGUCUCACAGGGUAAGAUGUUGUCCUGUCCAAGUCUUUUCUGAAUUAUAUGUCCAGUGUUUCCAGCUGGUGUGUCAGGAUUGUGUGAUGCCGGGCAUUUUAGACUGAACGAGUAACGAGAAAUGUUUCGGGGCUGGUCUCACUUUUUUCUUUUUAUCGACGCUUGAUGUUGGGACGAACCUGCCGCGUGCUUUUCUGAAAGCGUUUGUGAGCGAGUGAGGUGGCGAAGUGCAAAUGAUGUGGAAUAAAUCUUUUUUGUGUGUUUUUUUGUGUAUUUAUGCUGCUUGUGUGUGCAUGUGAAUUUGAGGGAUAUGUGAUUGAGUUCUGUGUUGUAAGAUCAUGCGUUUUAGUUUGAUAAUGUUAGAAUUUACACUGAUUGGGUGGGUGGGGGCGCUGUGUUAGGCUACUUCUGUUGAAGACAUGUAACACUGUUUGUGUGCCCCUACUGUUUAAAAACGUGGAAACACUGUUAAAAACUUUUAGGGUUGUCAAAUUGUAAACAGAGAGGUGGGGGUGGGGGUCAUUGUAAUUAAUCCACUGUUCUUGGUGUGUGUGUGUGGGGGGGGGGGUUCUAUCAUAUAGUUUCUGCUAUUGGACAAUGAAUAACUCUGCACUUAAUCCCUGUAUUGUUUCCAGUGUAGACUGUUUGAAUGAAUGGACCCCUCUGAAGUUGUCUAGUAUUCUAAAGUUAUUUUUAGGAUCCCCGUACUGAACACUGCUCAACAAGGCUGUUUGCUGAUUGGUCUUUGUUUUAGGUGGGUGGGGGAUUCCACAGUCCUUUCUGUGUUUAUGGAGUGGGCUAACCGGCUACUUUUAAUGGGUGUUUAUUCACCCAUGGGUCAUUAUUUACCUCCACCAAAAGCAUUUGUCGAAUAGGUUUAUAUUACUGCAGCCCACUCAGUCUUAGCAAUGCUUCUCAAGUGGUCCAUGGAUACGCAACAUUCGUGAGUUUUAUUGUAAAGGGGUGUGGCGUUGCAUGAAAAGCCAGUUUCUAAAGCAUUUAAAGGAAACUGACUGGCCACACCUACACACCCAUCUAAUUAAACAAGGACAAGAAGUUAGCAGGACAAACCUGUUCUUCAAGACCCAUCCUGGAAGUUGUCGGACUUUGUCAAAGGUCUAGACAUUAUUUGUACCACAGACUAUAGAACUGGCAACACUGCAUGGUUGAGAUGUCACAAGUAGAAUGUUUACUUGAUUAGCACCCAUGCAAUUGUGGUAGCCUUUUUUCUGCCUUAACAAUGUAAGUUCCUGGAUUCGGUUUUUCUCUGGUAAAUAUAAAGAGCACAUUUGUACAGCCUGUUAAUGGCAACCAGCUUGUGUCACUGGUGGUAGCAAUAGCCUGCACUAUAAUGAAGGUAGACUUUAACAGCAUUAAAUAAAACACCAGUUUGUUUGAACCUGUGUUUUGUUGUGAGUUUGGAAUUCAAACAUGCCCGUUUGACCUGAGGGUCAGGUAUUUUUUUGGGGGGGAUCAGUUUACUGAAUGAGGACCAUAAUGGAUGAGAAUGGUUGAAGCUUUGUGGGUAGAGUAAUUCACUGCAGAUCUAAAGGUCAUGGGUUUAAAUCCACCUCAGGUGUCUGCUAAAUGUUAUUGCAUUACUCACUGGCUUUAAAGGGACAGUCGAAUCACUAUCUGGCCUAGCUAACUGGCUGUAGCACAUGCACACAAACAUCCUGUACUUGCAGCUAUCCAUCUAAACUAUACCUGCUGGAAAUAUCGUGAACUGAGCACUGUAUGAAGUUGAAAUUUGCCAGGGUCUCACAAGAAAGAUUCAAACAGGUUUGCUGAAAUUAUUAAACAUAGCAACUUAGCUAAGGUUCAGUGAUGUGACAUCUCAAUAAAAAGUUUAAUGUUUUCUUUUUUCUUUAUUACUUCAAGGCACACAUUCAUCUACAGUAACAACAGGCUCAGAUGUAGUUUCGUGAUCGUGUUGAAAAAAAACUACAAACAUGGUCCCUCCUCUCCUAGUAUAUAUGGUUGUCAUGUUGCCAUGGGAACAUGUAACUUCCAGUGGAAUGUACUAUAAAGUGUGAACUGGUUUCACUCAUAGGCCUACAGAACACUCAUGCCUACAACAGUAACAAAAACAGCAGGCACAGGAUAUAACAUGACACACAUACUAUCAGGUCAGAGACUAACACAACAUAAUGUCAUAAACGUGUUUGCAUAUACUGCACAUAGACAGUAUAAAAGCACUCCAAAAUAUACAUCACUGACAUCCAAAGCUAAGAUUGAUUGCAAUAACAGUUUCAUUCCAAACUAUGACAAAUUUGCUAGAUAGACUCCAUAGCCCUCGUUAAGGGUGGACAGUCUUGCGAGGAACACAGUAGCAAGACAUCCAACAUGCCCAACAGUACAAG